AUGGCUUCCUUCAAAUCUCUUCUGCUUGGUUUGAUGCUGGCCCUGAUGGCCGCAUAUAACGCUUCGUGCUACAUUCUCGAAAACGAAGCAGUCAUCUGGAGGGCUGGCGAAACGUUGGAGGAAGGGGUCCAAAGGCUCAAAGGCAUGGUUCUAGAGGUCACCAAUGAUGGUAAAGCGGUUUCGAGUGAAAGCCCAGAUCUAUUCUUUCACGAGUUGAACUCGGUCGGAAGACUUGAUGUAGGGCAGAAUACGCUCCAAGGUCGAGACUGGAACUCCUGGAUUAACGCUUACAUCACCGAACAAAGGCAAAGACUGCUUCGAGAGCAACAGAACACAGCUCGCAGCGACCGUCCCUCGGGCUGA